GGCCUCCGGUAACGGUCCAACCACGAAAGGGACUUCUAGAAGGAUGACCAAUAUCGGGAGGCGGAAAUAGCGGGUUGGCGUUGAUGGCUGCGUUUGGCGAAGCAAGCCAUGUCAAGCCACUGAUGAUUCGACAACCCAUCGUUUGGACUAUUUCUUUUGUUAUUUUAAUCGAGCAAUGGUGUUGGGCGCAUUGUAAACAGAAGCAUCGUCUUUUUUUAUAUCAUUUUCAAGCGUAUCAUGUCCUGGCAGGGUGGCGGUUCCUUGCAUUUAUGAGAAAGGACAGCAGGGCUUGCUUAUUGCCCAGGGGUCGGGUCGAUGGAAUGGGGAGGCUCAGUCUAUUUACCCUCCAAGACCAUUUUUGUGUUACAGGAGGCUGCAUUUUCAAGACACAGCGCGCCAUGGUGAAGAUAAGGCAGGGCAGGACGGUGCCGGGCAAACACGAAUGGGUAUGAAUCAUGGGAAGAGAGAGACCUUUGGUAGGCCAAGAGGUCUAAAGCCGAGCAGACAGGAAGUUCAGUUCCAAAGACAUCUGGUUUUGGAUUUGUCUGUCCCCAGAGGCCAAGAAGAAAAGAGGCGUAGAUGAUAUACUCCUGUCGUUGACGCCCAAGAAAUAUCAAGCAAAGCAAAAUAGACAAGAGGUUGUUCUCAUGUCAGCACAAAGAUGCCAAGAGCACAUAUCCAAGAUUUUUU